GGGGCCUGCGGGACCAGAGAGGCGUAGAGGAGGCGGGCCCCUCGAGCGAGUGUGCCGCGCUUGUCCGCCUCUGGAGGGCGGCGAGUGUAGCGAGAGCCUCUUGCUAUUCUUACCACGUGGUAGUUCCUAACGGGGUCAGUGUCUGUCCAGCCAAGGUCACCGAGAGAGCUUCAGGGUGGGCCUUGGCUACUGAGUCUGGGAAUCUAUAGAUUGCCUUACGUGCACCACCUGUUAGUGCAAGCUAGUAUAUCGAUCGGGUUAAUCCUGAUCAAGAUGACAACCUCUCAAAAGCACCGAGACUUCGUGGCAGAGCCCAUGGGGGAAAAGCCAGUGGGGAGCCUGGCCGGGAUUGGUGAUGCCCUGGGCAAGAGGCUGGAGGAAAGGGGCUUUGACAAGGCGUAUGUGGUCCUUGGCCAGUUUCUGGUACUAAAGAAAGAUGAAGACCUCUUUCGAGAAUGGCUAAAAGACACAUGUGGUGCCAAUGCCAAGCAGUCCCGGGACUGCUUUGGGUGCCUUCGAGAAUGGUGUGAUGCCUUCUUGUAAUGUUCUCUGGGGACCCCUCAGCCCCCCUAGCCACAGCAUAGAAUCUCCAGAGUCUGCAGCAGGGCAGGGUGCCUCCCUGUCCUCCACGAAGGAAAAGAUUGCUGUUGUCACCCUCAUCUCCUAUGUACUCCAGGGUCUUUUGGGAGUUCUCUCCCCCCAGCAUUUCAACCUUUCUGGGUUUCUUGCCCUCGCAUGCCUUCCCCUUCCCCUCCCCCUACAGUUCCAUGGCAGCAGUUCCCAGCCUUCCUGAAUGGAUUACUGCCUCCUUCUCCCUCACCAUCUGUUGGAUGCCCUUUGACUCCUUUUUUUUGGCAAAAACAGUCACUGUCUUUAUAAAAGAUUUUUAAAUUAAUAAAGCUAGUGGCCUUCA